AGAGGCGGUCCGUUGAUGACCCGGAAGUGCUCCCCGAUCCCGGAAGUCCGACUCCCUGUCAGCAGAAGCGGCGGCGGCCAGGGUGAUGGCGGCCGAGCCCCACCGGGAACACCUUCGCUUCCUGAGAGACUGAGCGCCGCCCGACCGAGGAGGAGGAAGGAGGAGAAGGGGAAGGAGCCGCAGAAGGAGCCGAGGAUGGCGGAGCUGUCCGCCGGGGAGGGGCCGGGGCGAGGCCGCACUCCCAGCCCGCUCCCGGGGCCCCCUCCCAGCCCCCGCCCGGCCUUCCCGGUCACGCGGGGCCCCGAGACCCCGGAGACCGACGGCAAGGCAGGCCCCGCGGCGGCGGCAGCAGCAGCAGCAGGAGGAGUCGGAGGGGGCUCCAAGUGGGUCCGGCUGAACGUGGGCGGCACGUACUUCGUCAGCACCCGCCAGACGCUGUGCCGCGAACCCAAGUCCUUCCUCUGCCGCCUCUGCUGCCAGGAGGGCCCCGAACUGGGCUCAGACAAGGAUGAAACAGGGGCGUAUCUCAUUGAUAGGGAUCCCACAUAUUUUGGCCCAAUCCUGAACUACCUCCGGCAUGGAAAACUCAUAAUAAACAAGGAAUUGGCAGAAGAAGGAGUGCUGGAAGAAGCUGAGUUUUACAACAUUGCAUCUCUAGUGCGACUGGUGAAGGAACGAAUACGGGACAAUGAAAGCAGAACUUCUCAAGGACCUGUCAAGCAUGUAUACAGAGUCCUGCAGUGCCAAGAGGAAGAGCUCACUCAGAUGGUGUCCACUAUGUCUGACGGAUGGAAAUUUGAACAGCUAAUCAGUAUUGGAUCUUCCUAUAACUAUGGAAAUGAAGACCAAGCAGAAUUUCUCUGUGUUGUAUCCAGAGAGCUCAAUAACUCUACCAAUGGCAUUGUCAUAGAACCUAGUGAGAAAGCAAAGAUUCUUCAGGAGCGAGGAUCACGGAUGUAAUCCUAGCAUCUACCUUAAAACUCCCAGAUGUCAAAAGGGCAACGUAGCUGGGCAGAGCAUUUCUCCUGCAGUCCAACCUUGCUUUUGUACAGUAAUAAAACUAACACAAAGCAAAGCUGAGCCUGUCCUGCCAAUGGAGAAUCAAUCCUGGUAAAAACCAAAGGCUUAUCCCAUCCAAGUUGCGGCAAGUGAAGAGGAAAGAAGAGAAUCUUCCAGCCGGAUAGCCCCUUUGCCCCACUAUUUCUUUUUCUUUUUGUCUUGGCAAUAGUGUGGCUUUUAAAAGUUUUGUUUAAUUUUAUUUGAGUAGGGAAAGCUCUUUAGAACCUUUUGUAUGAGGGCUGCCCAGAUUCUUGGGCUCUUUAAUUUAUCCCAGGCAUGAACUAAUGAUAGAUGUUUGGUAAAUCAGUGCCAUUUUUAAUGCUUAAGUUAGGAAAUUUAUCCCAGCCUAGAUUCAUCUGAUGAAAAUGGAUUUCAUAAUGAACAUCUACACCAAGGACAUUCCCUUUUCCUCUCUAAAACUUUUCCAUUUUUGUUUUUGGUUUAUUGCUGGCUAAGAUGCCUGUUUGUUAGGGAACUUAAAAGUAUUUUUGUGGUGGGGGGGGUAUGAAGUGCACAUGGGGCCUUGGCUGAAGGGUCUUUCUUCUGAUAACACUAAAAAUAUCAGCUACAGGCAUCUCUAAUAUUGUGGUAUGGUCAUCACUCUUCAUGCAUCUUAAAAUGUAUGGUUACCCCAAGUUUUGGAUUCAGUUUGUACUGUCUCAUUUUCUCAGUGUCAGAGAAGGGGAGGGAUUAGACUUCUGUCCUCUUUCUACUACCAGAGCCUGGAAUCUAGUCCUUUGGGUUACUCUAAAGUUGUUCUUUGAUCUGGAGGAUUUGUUCCUGCCAAGUUCAGCUUUGCCUUGUCUUGUCUUCAACAGCAUGAAAUGAUCCCCAUGUUCUCUUGCUGUCCUGCACUGAAGCAGGUUUUCUUUUGUAUUCUAGUCAUUUUGGUAGGCUUUAACAACUUAUCCAAUACAUUCAGGGACAGAGUCCCUUAUUUACACAUGGUGAUUCUGCGCUUGCAUCCCCCACUCCCUUUAUUGUAUCACCUUACCCACAUAAUUAAGGGGCAUCGCACAGGUUGGGGAGGGAGGGUGGGGAGGGGAAGGGUGGUGAUGAAAGUUGCCAAACUGUUGUGAUGUUUCUUGUCCAAAGUGAUGUGUGAACUUCUGUAACUUUUUUUCCCUUUGGAAUGCCUUGAAUGGACGUGAAAAUGUUGUGCCUCUCUUGAAUUCUAAUCUUAGCCAAAUGGGACUCACUGAUCUUGUCAGUGAAUUUGUGCCAUCCCUAAUCAGUGAAAUGUCCUCUCCUAGUUGUUGGUAAGUGGAAUCCCUUAAGCGUUUGCUGCAUGAUACCUCCCUUCUACAUCUUGGCUUUGUUCCUUGUCAGACAUCUUUGGCUUCUGGGCCUUUGAGUUAAGCCCCACACAUAUUGAACCAAAGUUUCAGAGAAUCUGAAAUGCUUUGAUCUGACCCCCAGGCAAUAAUCAAAGUUCCCAUAUUAGCCUGUGAUGAGAGGAGGAUCCCUUAUUGCAUUUGGUGUGCUUGGGAUUUCCCAUUAAGGAAUUGCACUCUGUGUCUUUUUCAUGUUUUAUGCUAUGGGUUAAUGAGGCUUCCCAUUCUAUUUCUUCCAUAUUGACACCAGGGGUGAGAGUGAGGGUGAGGGCUGGGAAGGACAAUGUCUAAAGUGUUAUGGUGGGAAUGGAAAACAUUCACCAUGGGCAAAGCAAAGGCGCUUAAAUGAAGUUUGGCACCAGUUUCCCCCUGUUCCUCCAUCCUUCAUUAUUCUUCAGUGUUUCUGUGCAUAUAUCACAGAGCUUCCCCACCAAUUCUGCCAGCAUACCUCCAAUGAAGUUUUGGGGGGUAGGGUUGGAAUAACUUGUACUAGUUCAGUCUAUGUAACAACAGACUGUACCUUGAGAUCAUUUAACUGGCUCCAUAGUAUGUUAAAUUAAACUAACUCUCUUGUCCUACUCCACCUUUCCUGUUUUAAUGUGUUGCUAUUGGCAUGGUUAGACUAUAUGUCUUGGCUGGAUUUAACUAACACUGUGAUGUGUACAUAAACCUCUUGAGUAUCUUGUACGUUCAGCUGUUGUCAGUGUAUGUGCACAACUGCGAAAUAACCAGGUGUGUGUGCUGCUUUGAGGAAGUAUAAGAACUACCAAUCUAUAGCAUUCACAUAUGCCCUCAUAAUCUCUCCUGUAUAGGAGAAGAGGAGAGGGUGAGUUGGUGGUGGUGUGAACUAGGUAAAAGAAAACAGGCUGACAAUGCCAAGAAUAGCUGCCAUUUCCAACAUGGCCUAACCCAACUCAUUCCCCACCUUACUGGGCAUGUAGCAGUGUUAGGUUUGCUUGGAAGGAGACUUUACUGUGUAGCUUUAGUUAACCAAACCAAAUACCUCAUUUCUUUAUUUUUGGUCACCAAAAACACCAUGCAUGGGGAAGCCCCAUUAGAGGAGUGCCUGAUGUCAGAAUAACAGACUGGAUAAAAAUAUACUUUCUUUUGCCCAUAUUGUGCCAUUGGGAACAGCUCCGUUUAAAACUAGGAAAAUUGGGGUGUGAAAUGUGCUGUAACUGGCAGGGUUAGAAGCUGUUCUGUUAACAGCGAAGUUAGAACUAAACUGAGAAAACUCAUGUCUCAGCCUGGUAAAUGGGGCAAUCCUGUUGUAUAAACUCCACUUGCUGCUGACAGCUAGUGAGAGGUUUUCAGUGGGUUUAGUCCUUCACUGGAACACAAUUGCCUUCUCCUUCCCUUCCCAUAUUAAAUAUUCUCAAAAGCGUGUUGAAACCCUCCCUGGAGUGGUGAGCUAUAUAGCUGGAGACAGAAACAGUAUUAGGGAUUGGGAAAGCUAUUGGCUUUCCUAGAAUAAGGGCUUGAAAUCCAGCUGUGGAAUUCUUUCCAUUCCAGCUCAUCUACAUGUGGUAUUCUUUUCUCCACCUUGAGAUGCAUCUUCAGGCCUUGUUAAUCUCAAGAACUGGCUUCCAUGUCUUGCAUCAGUUGCAUCUCUGCCUUUAUAGCAACAGGGCUUUUCCUUCCAUUUGCCUUGACUCAGUCAACAUUUUCUCUCCCAAGUUAAAGCUGGGGAAAAAAUUUAAAAUAUCAGUUUCCCCUGUGGAAGACUGUAAAUGGAAAGAGAAGCAAAUGGCAGGAUGGGUAUUCAUCUGAAAGAUUUGCAUCUCUUGAGGUUUUCUUUAAGUCAUUAGCUAGCCCCUGGGGACCAGUAGCAGGCCCAGUUUCCCAGUGGCCAAUUGUUCCGUUACAGCAAGGUUGGAGCUAACCUUCUCUUAAAAGUGUCUUUGUUUCUGAACAUUUUUAAUCAAUUUUUCUCAGGGGUGACUGAUUGGUCCGAGGGGAGGGGGGUACCCAAAAGUGGGAGGGUGGCUCCUCGGACCUCUGCAGCUGGGCCGUGGGCUCCUCACCCUCAGGUUUUGCCUGCAAACCUGGAGGUUUUGUACAGUUUGUCACAUGUCAGUGCCCUUUGCUACUGUUUCUCUUUGUUUAUUAAAUGUGUUUGAAUAAUAAUGGAGAUGCUGUGAUUUUUUUUUCCAAUAAAGAUUCUGACAUGA